AUGCCACAAUUGGCUCGUGCAUUCGCCUUUAUGUUCGCCGCAUAUGAGAUGCGGGAUUUGUAUAUGAAGGUCACCGAACAGCUGACCCACGGAAAUGUCGACCUUCUACCUGAGAUUCAUGCACUAUCCUCUGGAUUGAAGUCGGUCGUCUCAUGGGAAGCCGCUCAGGGUAUCGAACAAUGUCGCUUGGCUUGUGGUGGCCACGGAUAUUCGUUGGCAUCGGCAUUCCCCGAAAUCUACGCCUAUUCUGUCGGAGGCUGCACCUAUGAGGGCGAGAAUACUCGUAAUGCUGUUGCCAGUUGCCAGGCCGCUGAAGAGGUGCGAAGCGGAAAUGCACGUCUAGCAGCAAUAUGCGGUUAUUUGGCCAAGCCUGACACAGCACAUUCAAAAUUCAGCUCCUGGCAGAGCUACUCGGAUUCAGAUAUAGUCUUCCGUGCCUACGACACCUUGAAGCGGCAUCAGCGUGAAACGUCAAGUGAAGAGGCAUGGAAUCGAGCUUCGAUCGAGUUGUGCAAAGCAUCCAGAAUGCAUGUACGCCUUUAUAUUGUCCGAACCUUCUUGGAAAAGGUCGCAACUGCUCCAGAUGCCUCUCUACGAUCGAUCGCCGGCUCACGAGAUCCUCACUCACCGCGACUAUUGCUUUCGAAUUUGAAUUACUUGCCAGUCAGGAGAGAGUUUUCAUCGGAAAGUCAAGCCGAAGGAGUCCGAGAUGGUAUUUAUCGAUGCCUGGAAAGGCUUCGACCAAACGCUGUCUCCUUGGUUGACAGCUGGGACUUCGACGAUGCUGAGCUCCACUCGGUUCUUGGACGUCGUGAUGGAAAUGUCUAUCCAGCUCUUCUGGAAUGGGCCCAAAAGAGUCAGCUGAAUAGGACCGAGGUAUUGCCGACGUUCGAGAAAUACCUAGGACCUAUGAUGAAAGAGGGACGAUCUAAGUUGUAG